AAAUAUCUUCAAGAUUUGACAUCUUUUGCAAGAAUUACACAAUCAAACCUCAUUCCAUCUCCCUCUAUAAAUACAAAGCCUACCAACAAUGAGAAAAACACCAACAAAAAACACUUGCAUUUUCACAUCAAGAAACAACAACACUCUGCAUUGUCCAUUAAAGUUUGAUCAUGGAUAGAGUGGCUAAGAUCUCUUCACAGAGGGCAGUGGUGAUAUUCAGCAAGAGCACGUGCUGUAUGUGCCACGCCAUCAAGAGACUAUUCUACGAGCAAGGGGUGAGCCCUCUGAUUCACGAGCUCGAUGAGGACUCAAGAGGGAAGGAAUUGGAGUCGGCCUUGAUGAAGCUCGGCUGCAGCCCUGUUGCACCUGCAGUGUUCAUUGGGGGGAAGCUCGUUGGCUCUGCAAACACGGUGAUGACUCUGCAGCUCAACGGCUCACUCAAGAAGAUGCUCAAAGAUGCAGGGGCCUUAUGGCUAUAGAGAUCACUCAACAACAUGAACAUGAAAGGGCGGUGAUUUUUAAUAAGGCCAAAUCAAGCUCUACUCAUCUUGUGUAGCUCCUUUUCUUUUUAUUUUCUUUUUUAGCUAGGCGCCGCGGAUUUUGUAAGGGCACUGUCUGAAGGAUGUACAUAGACUUUCUCUGAUCUAAAUAGACCAGUUUGAAGCUUAUAAA